GCUGGGGCUUAUCUGCCACGCAGCCUGCUUGAUUCGGGCGUUGAAAAGCGUAUCGAGCCCCCUCUGGUCUGCCCAUCCUCUUGUUAGAACACUCCUCGACGACCAUCUACCGUUCGACUUCAUCCUGUAACUUUGAGACCAAACGAGACCACGAGGAUACCAGAAGAAGAGAAGUAGCUACAAUGGCAGAAGUCUUCGGCGUCGUAGUCAGCGCCUUCAGGUCGUCGAGAUCGCGGGAAAACUGGGCUCCAGCACGAUUAAGCUCAAGAAGCUUUGGGAUGAAGUCCAGGAAGUACCUAGCGAGAUGAAUCAGCUCGUUGGAAUGGUUGACAUCCUCAACGCGACGCUGACUGAGCUGGAUAGAGCAUUCGACAAGGCUGGUGACCCGAAUUUUGGCACACUUGAUGUCAGUCUAAAGUUGUGCCAACAAGCCGCGAACGAUUUGGACACUCUGGCGACAGACUUGCAGCAACAGAUUGCCACGGCCAAAAAGUUUAGAAGGAGGAUUACAAAGCUGAAAGUAACUUUUAAGAAGGACCUGAUUCGGAGUUGCGAGCAAAAGGUACAGACCGCUUUGCAGAUACUGAGCCUAUCACUGAGUACAAGAAUCUAUAUCGAUAUAAAUGCCAAGCCUCAGCCAUACUCAGUCCAAGCUGAUACAUCCGGAUCGAACCCUCCGCUGAUCGAGACUUCCCCCGGCCAACACGUUCGAUUGGCAGAGGGGCCAAUUAUUGGAAGCAAGGCUGCUAUCAAUGUUGCGAGAAAGUCUAGGACAAAGCCAGUCUUGAAAACACAGGCUUCAUUUUUUGGUAGUUUUGCCAGCCAGAGCGUCCCACACUCUGCGUUUCCUGAAGUUCAGAUAUAUCAGGCACAGUUGCAGCUGCCAUGGUGGAUAUCAUCAAGAGUUUGGAACAUACAAGUUUACAAUGCGUAUGCUGGGUGGAAGCACUCUCUGCAAACUUGGACAGUUCGACCUGAUAAUACUCCCAUCUUUGAAUAUAUUGAAGACGGUGAUUGGGAACACGCUUUCUGUGACAUCAAGGUCGGGCGUCUUUAUUUGACCGUGAUGAGGAUGGACAAACAUUGCUACACGUACGGACUUCGUCCACGCUCUUAAUGAGAUUGAAGCUGACGCUUGACCUAGAUAGCAGUUAGCUGGGAAAGAUUGAACAUCGUUAACCAUCUACUCAGCAUGGGCCUAAACCUCAGCGAUCUAAGUGAUCAACACAAUGAGCUUCUUCACUUUGCAGGCUUCGUCGAUGGCCCGGAUGACGUUUUGGAACUUUUCAAGAUGUGGAUCUACGUCGCCCUCGAUGACAGCCUGGAGGAUUAUUGUGCCCCAGGAGAAACGACCGUGAACCUAUGUGCCAUCUCUAGAUUUGUUUGGAACGCCCCUGAAGC